AUGGAAGUGCCUCCUACUUUGGAAGUCGAUGUUGAAGCAACCAUCAAAAAAGAACCCGGAUAUUACGAUCUGAUUCCAUUCGAGAUUCGUCAAAUGGUGAUUGACCGAAUGGAUUUUGCGACAAAAUGCAAAUUUUCUACAAUUUCCACAAUUUCUUUCGAUGAAGUUCAACAGCGAAAGAGCUCUAUUCAAAGCGUCAAGAUUUCUGAAACUGGUCCAAAUCAAUUUUUGUUCAAAUUGAGAGAAGCUGGACGAGGAACUUCGGAAGUCAUCAAAUCUGGAAAUCCAACAAUUUUAUUCAAUCAUUUCGAUAGUUUUGCCGAAAACUUUCAUGAGAGUCUGACGACUUUGGUGAUUCAUGUUGUAAGAUUUUUUUGUGUUUUUGAGUGGUGCUAUGACCUUCUUACUGAUUAAUUAGGGAAUUUAUUUAAAGAUUCUGAAUAUUUAAAGAUUCUUGAAAUUUUGAAAUUUCCAGUCUAACUUCGAAUUCAACAAAUCCAACAUUCUCCGCUUCGAAAAUCUUGAAGAGCUUCGCAUAAUCGACAUCAAAAGAAAAAUAGAUGUGAUUAAAAGCGGAUUCACAAACCUCGAUCAAAUCUCUAAAAUUGUGAACAACUUGGUUUUGCCAGUUCUCAAACUCGAUGAAAUCCUUCAAAUGCAAGCGACAAGAAUCACAAUCAGUUAUGUCGAUUGCACACGAACCGAUUUCAUUCAAUUCCUUCUGAGUCUUGUUAACAAUCAACUUCAUCCAAAUGUUUAUUCGAUCAAAUUUCGAUUUGAGAAAACGCGUGUCGCGACGGAGGGAUUUGAAACUGUUUUUGUGGCACCAUGGGCAUAUUUUGCACAAAGAAGAGUGUAGGUUUUUGGUUUUUCAUAUUUUUUCAAUUUUUUUGGAAAAGGCUCGAUCUGGAAUGCAUCAAAUUUGAGAAAACACAAAAAAUAUUAUUAUUUUUUGAAACAGUAAAUUUUCUGGGACAUUUUUGGCACGGAAAAUUAAAUAUGAUUGGCGAUAAAAAUCCACGUGACAUACGAUUAUUCGGAAAAAAAUAUCCCACGUGGGAUUUUCUCGAUUUUUAAAAUUGUCUUCAUCAUUUGAGAAAACAUGAAGAAAAUCUUUUUUUUUUGAAACAGUAAAUUUUCCAAAUAUUUUUAGACUAGUUUUCAAAAUAUGAGCUAAACUUCUUCCUAUUCAGAGCCCCUUUUUCUCCUAAUUUUUUCUCCAAAUAAAGUUAUUUCUAGCGGAGCCCAUAUCCAAUACAUGAUGAAGAAUCGCAGAAAUCCUGUCAAACAUUUCCACAUCGACUACAAGAAGCCGUUGAUUUCGAUAACUUCUGUUUAUGCGGCGGAGUAUGAUCCAUCCGAAUGGAAUGCCAGAGAAUUUAUGCCUUAUCUUUAA